UUCUAAGGCUCUAAAUAUAUUAGUGAAAUAUCUAAACACUGACUUGAGUCAUACCGUCUUCACACCCUGUUGUCAAAACACCACUGUCUUCAUCAACGCAAAUGAUUUCAUUACAGGUUUUCGAUUAUUACCUAUCCCAAAAGCUAGACUAUUCUUUAUAUACUCCACGCUCACGUUCAGUGCUGCUAAAUGACCAUGUCUGUGUCUCAGCUCUAUAGAUUGCUGCCUCUGCCCGAUGACGAGCUAAAGCAAGUCUUGGCCUAUGCGGCUACACUAUCCAAGCCAGAGGCUGCCGAGCACUUCCGCAACCUUCUCGGCGAGUCCCCAGAGGCUGUCGACUUCAUAGCCAGCUUCAAUUCGAAAAGACAAGGCCCUAGAUCCUCUGCGACAAUAUCUAACGUAUCCUCGUCAGACGUUGAACCAGUGCCGAGGCCUGUGAGGGCAACCAAGAAGCAAAAAGCUCAGUUGCACACUCCCGCCGCACGGCAAAUCACCAACCAAGGCCCUGCCCCCGGCACAGCUUAUAACAAGGACGUUGAAAGCGAUUAUGUCGCUAGGCGCCCUAGUCCAGCUGCAACGCCAGGAGGAUCCGGUACUCCAAAGAAGUAUUCAUCUCAGUCAUUUCAGCAGCCUACAGCUUCUCUACCACCGAAACUACCUCCCUCGGCCGGAGGUCAUCUGAUAUCUGAUGUCCCAAGGCCGAAACCAAGAUCGACACCUACCUCACGUUCCUCAACUCCCGCUCCCAAAACUAAAGUCCACAUCUCCGGAGGUACUGCUAUGCAUGGCGCAUCCACCGCGCUAACAGACCUGGACGAUGCCAUCCGCGCCCUAGAGAUGACCACCAAUCCUAGUCAGGGAAUAGACAACGUCAACAGACGUUGUAAUUGUGUAGCUUCCAGACACCCUCUCCUAGCUGCUGCCCCCAAUUGCCUAAGCUGCGGCAAAGUCAUCUGCGUGAAGGAGGGACUGGGCCCUUGUACAUUUUGCGGAACCCCAAUUCUAACCCCUGCGGAAGUUCAGUUGAUGAUCCGGGAACUACGAGACGAGCGAGGACGGGAGAAAAUGGCUGCCGAUAGGGAAGUUCACAAGAGAGCCGAAGUAUCGAAAAAACCCGCUCCUUUCUCCAAGCCUAGAGAUGUCUCUAGUGAAAUCGGUGAGGCACAAGCGAAAGCCUUAGAGAAUAGAGACCGUCUCUUAGGCUUUCAGGCUCAGAAUGCGCGCCGGACCACUGUGAGAGACGAGGCCGCCGAUUUCGAUGUUGGCGGAGCCGGCAGCAACAUAUGGGCCACUCCCGAGGAAAGGGCUCGAGAAUUAAAACGUCAGCAGAAGAUUCUAAGAGAGAUGGAAUGGAAUGCUCGACCAGACUAUGAGAAACGACGACAGGUCGUUAGCAUUGAUCUACUUGGUGGCAAGGUAGUCAGGAAGAUGGCUGCGAUCGAACGACCAGAGAGCCCCGAAGAUAAGACAGAGGUUAACGACAUUAUAGCAGAGACAAGUGUUGGCCGAGAAGGCGGCACUGGCGGUGCUUUCAGCAGGAAUCCCUUAUUAGGCCCACUGAUAAGGCCAGUCCUUGAUGUCAAAGAUAAGGGGCCUUUAUUGGAAGGCCGUGACCCCAAAGUUAUCCGGUGGAGGAGAGUUCAGGAUGACCUAGACAAUAAUGAGGCCGUCAUCCUCGACGGCGGAGCCUAUGGCGGGCGUUCAAGCCAACAAGUUACCACUCCCGCUGCAGACGAGCCUAUCUGUGGGUAACACCCUGAGCCGGAAAAGGAAUAUCGACGACUACAAGUAGGUCUAGCAAAACGUAUUUGUAAAUGAACGUUGACUAUUUCCAUUGGUAUUGCUUUAUCUCAACCGAUCACUACUGUACGACCAAGUUUAGCUAGUGAGGACAUUGGGAGUGCCGAGAUGGAAGACUAGAUUUCCGUCAAGGUUCCCAUCAACUCAUUCCCACCAACCUCGACCUCACCCCUCUCCUGAAGUGUUUGCAGGGCGAUAAUUCCGAAAACAAUCCCUCUUGUUAUUCACAUCUGAAGCUAGCGCGAGUAAGCCCAGCCUUCGAAUCCAGCAGCCCCUGCUUCCUAUCGAACG